AGUAAAACAAACAGGCUGCAGCAGCAGCUGGAGGACGGUUGUGUUUUCGUACCUUUACUGAAUAUUUCAGUAAUAAUGUCUUAGUUCCCUCAGCUGGGAGAGUUCAGGGGUUUAAAGAAAAGCUUCUCGAUGGAGGAAAAGAUGGAGGAUGAUCGCGGAGCGGAGGAUCUCUGCUGGAAACCCGAAACAGAGCCGCAGGGAGUCGAUUUUCUAAAUCGGCAUGUUUGGAAGGAGGAAGAGGAGGAAAAUCUCUCUGAGCCGCUUUGGACCCAACAGACCAGCUCUGUUCUGGACCAGGAACAGAGCUGGUCUUUCAUACGUCCAGAUAUUAAAGAGGAACCGGUGAAACCAGAACUUCCUGAUGCUGCAGAGGAACAAGAUGAGCAAGAACUGGCAGAUCAGAGGGAACCAGAACAUUUACUGAUCAAAGAGGAACAGGAGGAACUGCAGCUUUCACACGUUAAGGAGGAACCAGAACCUGCAGGAUUCGGAUCGGAUCGAGGGGAACUGGGACAUUUAGGGAUUAAAGAGGAAACGGGACAACCAGAACCUUCACACAUUAAGGAGGAACAGAGUGAACUAGAGCUUUCAUGUGUCAAGAAGGAGCAGGAGGAACCAGAACCUGCAGCAGAACCUGCAGCAGAACCUGCAGCAGAACCUGCAGCAGAACCUGCUGGACAUUCAGAACGGUCCCAGUUUGCAGUCGACCAUGAGGAGCCUCAGCUGCUGUCCUUCCUGAUCCACAGCAGCCAGCAGAUCCAGCAGCUGCUGGUGACCCACUCAGCUGAUGGCUUAUUGGACUCCUGGUCGGAUCAGAGACCCGAAUCAGAACCAGGCCUGGAUCAUCUGUACAGGCAGUCCAGUUCUGAAGCUCAGGGCCGGAGUGAGGCAGGAAGCAGCGGUCCUGUGUCAGACAGCCGGGUCCACUCCGACCCGGAACCACCAGUGAAAUGUGACGUUUGUGGGAAAGUGUUCAGAUACGAACACAGCCUGGUGGAACACCAGGGAGUCCACUCAGGUGUGAAGCCGUACGCCUGCAACACGUGUGGGAAGAGCUUCACGCAGCCCAGUGGGCUGAAGGUCCACAUGAGGAUCCACACCGGGGAGAGACCCUUCACCUGCGAGACCUGUGGGAAGAGCUUCCGCUACAGCAGCCACUUCCACGUCCACCGCAGAACUCACACCGGGGAAAACUCCUUCACCUGCAACACCUGUGGGAAGGUCUUCACCCGGAUCUGCAGCCUGAACGUACACAUGAGGUUUCACACGGGCGAUUGGCCGUUUUCCUGUGACACGUGUGGGCGGGGCUUCAGUAACGACUUCCAGCUGGACGUCCACAGGAGGACGCACGCCGGCGAGUGGCCCUUCUUCUGUGACAUCUGUGGGAAAGGAUUCUGCAGGCGCUUCAGUCUGAAGGUUCACAGGAAGACGCACACAGCUGAGAGGCCCUAUAAGUGUGAAACCUGUGGGAAAAGUUUCCGUGACCCUUCGUAUUUAAACGUUCAUAAAAGAAUCCACACAGGGAAGAAGCACUUCUGCACCACGUGUGGGAAGAGCUUCACCCAGCUGGGCAGUUUGAACGUCCACAGCAGGACACACACAGGAGAGCGGCCGUAUCUGUGUGUGACGUGUGGAAAAGGUUUCGUCAACAGCAGCCAGCUCCGUCUGCACAGCAGGACUCACACGGGUGAGAAACCGUUUUCCUGCGAUGCCUGCGGCCAGAGCUUCUCCAGGAACAGCAGCCUGGUGGUUCACAUGAGGACACACACCGGGGAGAGGCCCUUCCAGUGCAGGACAUGUGGGAAGAACUUCACCCAGUACGGCGUUCUGAAGAUCCACGUCAGGACCCACACCGGGGAAAAACCCUUUCCCUGUUCGGCUUGUGGAAAAAGAUUCAAUCAAAGCGGCAGCCUGAUCAAACACAUGCAGGUUCACACCCAGAGGAAAGCUGCUCCUCCCUGAGCCUUCAAAACAUAGAUCUACAGGUUAAAGACUUUUAGUCCACAUAGACCUGGAGGGUAGAUGUGUGUAACCAACUUCUCUGCUGGGUUUCCAUCAAAUUGCUUCCUUAAAAUUAAUUUAACCUGGUUAAAUUACAGGUUAUGUGAAUCACAGUUAAAGUUUAGUUUUAGCUUUAGAUAUUAUUUCUGUUUUCUGCUACAUUAAUAUAGUCUUCAAAUAUAACAACAAAGUGUAAAACAUGACGGGAAGAUAAACAAGUUUAAUUCAGACGAACCAAAACUGUUUGUGUACGAAAGGAAACAUCUGUAGCAUCAGCAUUUCUGACGAUUCUCUGAAAUCUGUCUGAACAGAACAGUUUUUUAUUUCUGUUCCAUUUUUUAGUCAAAUGUAGUUUCAUCUUUAUGACACCAAGCUGCUUGGUUUAUCAAGGGAAGCUUAAAUAAAUUACUUAUUACACUAAAUGUAAUAUUUUAUACCAUAAAAUGCUGGCUAUGUAACUCCUUUAUUAAACUCCAAAAUCUAAUUUUUGUCUCCAUGGUAACCGGAGCGCGGUGCUUCUAAACUAACAUCAAUCAUGUAUGAAUACCGACACAGAGCCGUUUAAAUUAAGUCCAUAUUUUAAAAUAUGUAUUAAAAACUCACAUGAAGGGCUUUUAUUUAAUAUGAAAUAUAAUAAUCCCCAAACAUUUGGGUUCAUUUUCCAUUAAACUAUUAAAUAUUUUACUCACUGACUAUUAAAAGAUGAAGAAUUUCAGUUAAGGAAUAAUUAAGAUGUUGUAUUAACUCAAGAAAACUUGUUUAUUUGUAUCCUUCUUCUAUAACUUGAACUUUUUUUAAUGAAAGAGUCUUUACUUUGACUAGACCAUUGUAAUGCUCCUUGUAUCUGUAAAUAAAAACUGAGUUUUCUUUUUACGCUUGUUCUGUCUCAUCGUUUCCUCGGGUUAAAGGUAAAGGCUAAAACGUUUGAGUUCAGCAAAAUCUUCUCUGGUUCUGGUUCUGGUUCUGGUUCUGCUCACUCGGAUCAAUGACCCUGUUUGUCCCUGGGGAUUUGGUCAUAAUCUGCUUUAUGUAAAUGAUGCAGAUUUGUAGCUUUGUGUUGAGUUUUUUUUAUUUGUUAUUUUCUACCAGAUUAAAAUUUGAUUUGCAGAAAACGUCGCCUUGAGGCCUCAGCAUAACGAGUCCUUGAUGUUUUAUUGACAUCAUUUGUAUUUUAUCAGUGUGUAUUUUACCAGCAGAGUCAAAUAAAACGGCUCCAGC